AUGGAGCAGAUCGAGACUCAGGCCUCGGACUUGCGCUACCUCGCCGAAGCUCCCGUUAUGCUUAGCGACACGCCCAGCGCAUCGUACGGCACACCGCGCCCUGGGGUGCAGGCCAGUCCCUCGUCUGGUUCCGCACAUGCAGGAUACGGAGACAAUUCCGCUGCUGCUGCCUCUGGUGGCCACGGUGCUGCAGGCUCAGCAGCCAAUACCAGAGCCAGUGCCAGUGCCAGUGCCGGCAAGAGGAAGUCGUUUGAUGAUGGGGAGGGAGCGGAGGGAGCCUCUGCCCAGAAGCAGACGCGGAGCAAGAGAAACCGGUACAUUUCCAUAGCUUGCAACGAAUGCAAACGAAGGAAAAUCAAGUGCAAUGGCGAAACCCCCUGCCAGCGCUGCGGCAACCUCAACCUGGCGUGUCUGUACGCUCCCAACUGCUGCUCGAGCAGCUUCAAGGACUCGGACGAGUUCAGAACCCUCGCCAGCCAGCUGGCCCGGCUUCGCGAGGAGGUCGAUGGUCUGAGCCAAGCCGUCAAAACCAUGCAGUCGGCAGAUCCUGGCCGUCUUGCUCCUCUGGCCACCGACCGCGCGCCCAGUAGUGGCGGGCUGCUUCUGAGCCUCGAGCCGUCGCCCGCCCCGACGUACGCGCCGCCGGCACCUCUCGCGCGGCCCGGGCCCGGGCCCUUCCGCGGCUCGACGAGCUUGGCCUUCAGCCUGGAUGUGGCAAACAACACCAUCGCAAACAUGGGGUACAGCGAGAUGGAGGAGUCGGACGACCAGGAUCCGCAGGGCGGCAGCGAUACUGCCCCCAGAACGAUGCUGGGCCCCGGCUUUGACCCCCUGCUCGGCUUUGACAAGGACGAGAUGGUCCGUCUGUGCGAGCUCUACGAAGACGAGUUGGGCAUCAUGUAUCCCGUCGUCAAUAUCCACACCGUCAUUGCCCACGCCAGGAGCAUUGCCCCGUUCCUGGACUCGAUCCGGAACCACGAACGGCCCCCCGAGGGCCUCAACAACGACAACAAGACGCUCCAGCUGAAGAUGGUCAUGUGCUCCGCCCAGGUUGUCGAGUCGCAUGGGCACAGCGAAAGGGCCGUCGAGCUUUACGAGAGCAUGGAGACGGUCGUCAACCGGAAGCUCAUGUCCGACGCCAGCGAGGUGGCCAAUCUGCCGCUUCUGUGUCUCCUAGCCGGCUAUCGUUUCGUCUCCAACGAGGAGGUGCUCGCGUGGAGGGUCAUGGGUCAGGUCAUGAGGCUCUGUCUGGAGCUCGGUCUUCACCAAAAGAGCGGGUUGACGAGCAUACCGGACGAGUCGGAGAGGAGGGACGCCAUCAACAGCUUUUGGUCGGCCUACGUUCUGGAUCGGCGGUGGGCUUUCGGCACCGGGCUUCCUUUUGCCGUGCACGACGACGAGAUUGACCCGAACCUACCUUUGCCAGCAGAAUUUCCUGUACUAGUGUCCAUGAUUACAUACUCUCGCAUCAGCGCAAAGGUCUGGCGCCACCUAUCGCAUUUCGGCCCGGUUCUGGCACGCGAGGUGCGGCAAGAGGAAAUUGAAACGCUGGAUCGGGAAAUCCUCCAAUGGUACGAGACGAUCCCGGAGGAAGUCAAAUUACGGAGCUGGGACAAGGAAAAACAAAUCGCCUCGAUGCCGUCGUACAAUUUGCAACGUCUCUCGAUCUGGGCCUAUCUGAGGCUGAAUCAAAUCCGCAUAUGGUUAUACACCCCGAUUCUGCACAGCGCCACAAGCAUCAUGCAGCACCCGGCCAAGGCGCAAACAGCCGUCGAUCUCUCCAGUGACACGAUCCAGUUCCUCAGCCACCUCAACAGCGCGGACGAUCUGUACCGACGCACCCAAGUCUUGUACAACCAUUUUCUCGCGUCAGCCAUCUCCGUGGUGUUUCUGGCCUCGGUCCACGCACCCGUCCGGUUCAGCGCCGUCUGCAGGAAGGAAUUCUACCUCGCCCUCGGCCUGGUCAAGAACCUCUCGGCCAAGAGCUGGGUGUCCAAGAGGCUCUGGCGGACCAUCAAGUCUCUCAAGAAUAUCGCCCCGCGCUUCGGCCUGGACCCCGACGACGACGCCCACUCGAGCGCCGCGCUGGGCAUGAUGGGCCUGGCCAGGGGCCACGCAGACGGCAUGCCCGCCGCCCAGCCCCCGUUCUCCCUCGCGGGCAUGUCUGCGAGCCAGCAGAACCAGAGCCAAGAUCAGCAUAAGAGCCACCACCCGGCCGGACCGCAGCAGGAGGACCAGAACGGCAGGAGGAUCCAGGGCGAGCUGUCGCGCAUAUACGAGGGCUACGUCGGCCUGAACGGCUUCCAGUUUGGAGGCGCGAAAAUGCCCCCUCCUCCGCAUGCCGACCUUGGCGUCGAGGCUGCAGGCUUGUGUGCGCCCGACGGGACGGUAUUUCUCCACCUGAGGGAAAUGUUUUGA